AUGUUUGAAAUCAGGUCCGACAGCUGCGAGCUGAUCGUAUUGAGCUGCUGUGUGGACGCCGUCGACUUGGACGGCCGAACAACGCUUUUCUGGGCCUCCAGGUCCAGAUUGGCAAAAGACAUUCAAUAUUGGCAAAAUAAGUUUUCUGUGGCGGUGAAAGAUGGCUGGGGAAAUCAAAAGAUAAAUUUACAGCUACCUUUUUUUACGCGACGCGUAUAUAUUAUGAAGACAGAUAAACGUGCCAGAUUACGCGCAGCUCGUGCUGGUGUCAAGCUGUCCGACGACGAGGGCGACUACGAAGACAUCUACGAAGAGGUUGAUGAACAGCAGUUCCGCAAACACAAACAGCAUCAACUUCUAAAUGACGACUUUAUAGUAGACGAUUCAGGAAACGGAUACGCAGAAACCGGUGCGGACGACUGGGAUGGCGCCAAUGAGUACGCGAGCGAGGAGGAGGAAGAGCCGGAGACUCGUCAACGCAAAAAGAUCGCCAAGAUCAAGCGCGACACGCCCCAGAUCUCCUCCUUCUUCAAGGAGGCAGAGCCAGAAGUGAAACCAAAACGCAAGAUCGACAAUCUUGACGACAUUUUGAGCGACUUCACGACACAGGCAAGUGCCAAUGCGAAAAGCACACCGCGUUUUGGUGUUUCAAAGCGCACCGACGUGUUCUCUUCGCUCAAGACCAACAAACUGAAACCGGUGAAACCAUUGAGCGUGAAGAAGCUUUCUUUCGAGGACGAGGCUCCAAUAAAGCGCGUCAAACUCAGCUCCGAGGGCGAAAUCUACAAUGCAGAGUCCGACCCUGCGCCAAUACAAACUCCCUCGUCGCCAAUCAAAGCCACCACCACCACCACUACCACCAUUGAUGACCAAUUGGACGACGAUCUUAGCUCUGACGAUGAAAUCGCGAUCACAACUUUGAAGACCGCAAAAACCACUGUAGAGAGAGUCAACAUGAGUUCCAGCAAGGAGUCCAAGGAAUCCAUAGGCAUCAAAGAAGUGCCGUCGUCUCCAACUAGAGACAGUCCUGAUACCUCGAUGAUGAACAUCACGUUUGAGAAAGUCGAGGAGUCUCAGGUUGUCACCGACUCGGACGUGCUCCAGAUGUUCUGGCUCGACUAUGCAGAGGUCGACAACAGUCUGCUGCUCUUCGGAAAGAUCAAGACUGUUGACGGCAAGUUUGUGAGUGGAAUGGUCCAGAUCAAUGGACUGUGCAGAGAACUGUAUUUCUUGCCACGUGAAAAACGUCUGGAAGACGAGGAUGGUCCGCCACCAACUGCAAUGGAUAUCCACGAGGAGGUUAUCCCGCUGAUCCUCGACAAGUUCGGUUUGGAGACUAUUAGGGCCAAGCCUGAGGUGAAGAAGUUCUCGUUUGAAUUGGAAAACAUUCCAAAGGAGACCGAGUAUUUGAAAGUCCUGCUACCAUUCCAAACUCCUAAGGCCAGAAACGCAAUCAUCCCUGCCAAUAUGGACGGAGAGACAUUCAGAUACGUCUUUGGUACCAAUGCCAACAUAUUUGAGUCGUUUGUCCUGCAAAGAAACGUGAUGGGUCCGUGCUGGUUGGAGAUCAAGGGAGCCGAUUUCUCGGUGUUGCAAAACUCGUCCCAUUGUAGCGUGGAGGUGGCUGUUUCCGACCCAGCCCAGAUCAAGCCAAUGGAGACUAACAUGACGGCUCCAGAUCUCACUGUUCUCAGUAUCAAUGUGCAGCCAGUGACCAAUUUGAAGGAAGGAAGACAGGAGAUUGGCUCUGUUUCUCUUGCUGUGUACCAUAACGUUCCACAGGACGCCCCGGUGAGUGAAAAUGCCGUGCCUGACGAGCUAGUGACUCUUGUUCGGCCAGUGGGCGGUUCUCUGACCCUGCCACCAGGACUUUCUCAAUUGGCAGCUCAGAAAAAGAUCCCGUUGAGAAGCUUCAACAACGAGCGUACGCUGUUGAACUGUCUCAGUGCUAUGGUCAAGAAAGCCGAUCCUGAUGUGUUCAUUGGCCAUCGUUUGGACAGCGUCGUGUUGGACGUUUUGAUGCGCCGGAUGUUCGACCUGAAAAUCAACCAAUGGUCUACUUUUGGACGCAGAAACAGAAAGCAAUGGCCCGACAGGUUUGGUAAAGGUUCCGGCCGUAACAACAUGUUCUAUUUAAAGGAAAUUUUCGCCGGCCGGUUGUGUUGCGACAUUGCCAACGAAAUGGGUCAGUCUUUGACUUCUAAAUGUCAGUCUUGGGAGCUUCCUGAAAUGUACGAGGUGGUGUGCAAAAAGAAGUUUGUUCCGAUGGAGGUCAACCUUGCAAACCCACAGUUCGCCGAAGACGCCAAUCUUCUCCUUGCUGCGUUCAACGAAAAUAGCACAAGCGUUCAGAUCACAGCCACCAUUGCUUUCCGUGUCCAGAUCUUGUCUCUGUCCAAGCAGCUUACCAAUCUUGCUGGUAAUGCCUGGGCACACACACUUGGCGGAACCAGAGCAGGUAGAAACGAGUACAUUCUACUGCACGAGUUCACAAGAAACGGGUACAUUGUUCCUGACAAGGAGACUAGAUCCCAAAGACAGGCGGCUGCAAGUGCUGCCAUUGAGCAGGAUGCUGAUGAGAGCGCAGCCACGUCGAACAAGAAAGCCAAGUACCAGGGUGGACUGGUGUUUGAGCCAGAAAAAGGAUUGCACAAGAGCUACAUUCUGGUUAUGGACUUCAACUCUCUUUAUCCUUCCAUCAUCCAGGAAUUCAAUAUCUGUUUCACCACAGUGGACAGACACAAUCUGAAGGAUGGAGACUUGCCAAAAGUGCCAGAGUCGGGCGCUGCCCAAGGUGUGCUGCCUCGGUUGCUCCAGCAGCUUGUUAAUAGACGUCGUGAGGUGAAGAAGCUGUUGAAGGACCCAAGAUCCACGGCCAUCGAGAAAGCUCAGUACGAUAUUAAGCAGCAGGCUUUGAAGCUGACGGCCAACUCCAUGUACGGUUGUUUGGGAUACGUGAACUCGCGUUUCUACGCCAAACCAUUGGCUAUGCUGGUUACCGAUAGAGGAAGAGAGAUUCUGAUGAACACCAGACAGUUGGCCGAAAGCAAUGGACUGAGAGUUGUUUACGGUGAUACCGACUCGGUCAUGAUCGAGACUGGAUCCGAAAACUUCAAGGACGCCAUCGGUAUUGGUGAAGACUUCAAAGUGAAAGUCAACGAACGGUACCGUUUGCUGGAGAUCGACAUCGACAAUGUGUUUAAACGGUUGUUGCUCCACUCCAAAAAGAAGUAUGCUGCGAUGAACGCCACGAUGGACGCUUCUGGGAUCGAGAAGACCGUUCUGGAAGUGAAGGGACUUGAUAUGAAGCGGAGAGAGUUCUGUCCGCUGUCGAAGGAGCUGUCCACGUACGUUUUGGAGAAGAUUCUUGGAAACACCGAUCCUGAAGACGCUUUGAACGAUAUCUACAUGCAUCUGGAAGAGGUCAGAGACAAACUGAAAGAGAACAAGAUACCAAUGCAGAAACUCACAAUCAACACGAGACUGUCCAAGGACCCAGAUCAGUAUCCGGGCGGAAAGUCGAUGCCUGCGGUGCAGGUGGCUUUGAGACUCAGAAAACAGGGCAAGCUUGUGCGUGCGGGCAGUGUGAUGACGUUUGUGGUCACCGACAAGGGUGAGGACAACGGCGAUACGGUUGCUGAGCGGUCGCGGGCCAUUGGCGAGAUCCUGGCCAACCCUGCAUUGUACCGGCCGGAUCCAUACUACUACCUCGAGAAACAGAUUUUUGCUCCUGUUGAGAGACUUUUGGAGCGGAUCGAAGGCAGCGACGUUGUUCGUCUGGCGUCCGCGCUGGGAUUGGACGCCAGAAAGUACGAGGCCAGAGCCCGGUUCAUGCAGGACCGUGCGUCGGCCGAGUUGCAACCACUGGACUCCACUAUUUCAGAUAGCGAGCGGUUCCGCGACUGCAGGAAGUUUGUUAUGAAAUGCAGCUCGUGUCACAGCUCGUUCGACUUUGGCGGUAUCCAGGCGUCCAACAAGUACCAGACCACAUAUUCUGGAAUCAAAUGUUUGUCGUGCCAGCAAAUGCUUUCUCCACUGGCCGUUUCUGCACAGCUCGAACACUUCUUGCGCCACGAAAUCUCGGCCUACUACGCGGGCUGGCUUGUGUGUGAUGACUGCGGUAUCAAGACGCGCCAGGUGUCUGUUUACGGACGGCGGUGUAUUGGUAAGUCAGGAAAAGCUUAUGGUUGCAAAGGAAUAAUGAGGUACGUUUAUUCGGACAAACAGCUGUACAACCAGCUGUUGUACCUGCAGAGUCUGUUUGACGUCGACAAGGCCAAGAAACGCGUUCUGAAGCCGCUGGUGGCCGAUCACGAGUUCGAGGACAAGGAGAACAAACCGGUUGCAUUGAACCAGGGAGAACUGGACGCGCUGGUGGAACAGAAUAGAGACCUGUUCAGGUCACACCAGAGGGUUGUGGACAAGUACCUGGCGGAAUGUGGACGACGCUACGUUGACAUGGGUGGCAUUUUCGAGUUUAUGAGUGUAUUUAAAAGAGAGUGA